GGGGCUUCCUGCGGCCGGGGCCGCGCCGGGGCCCGACCGCGCCUCCGCUCCGGCACCGACACCGACACCGACACCGACACCGACACCGACACCGACACCGGCACCGGCACCGACACCGACACCGACCCCGACCCCGACCCGCCAUGGCGCACUCGGCGCCGCUCGGCCUCCUGGAGCAGGGCUGCCCCAUCCAGGUGGAGCACGAUCGGAAGCGGCGGCAGUUCACCGUGCGGCUCAACGGUUGCCAUGACAAGGCCGUGCUGCUCUACGAGUAUGUGGGGAAGCGGAUCGUGGACUUGCAGCACACGGAGGUGCCGGACGCCUAUCGAGGGAGAGGAAUCGCCAAGCACCUGGCAAAGGCAGCCCUGGACUUCGUGGUGGAGGAGGACCUGAAGGCCCACCUGACGUGCUGGUACAUUCAGAAAUACGUCAAGGAGAACCCGCUGCCGCAGUACCUGGAACACUUGCAGCCUUAAGGCAGGACUGCUCCCACACCAGCACACCUGUCCCUGACUGUUCAACGCGGCCUUCGCUUCUCUGCAGUCUCAGGAAACCCCUUCCCACACUUGCAAUUCCCAUUUUUUUAAGCCUGUCCAUGUGGUGCGUGAGUGUGGGCAGGACCUCGUCCUCUCUGCCCACGUGCGAGCAUGGCUACAGCCCCUGGGCCAGGCUGGCUCUGGGCACACAUGGUGCCCCCCAGUGCUCUUCCCAAGCCAGGGCAUAGAAGAGGGUGAUUUUUCCGCCAAACUCCAUCACAAGGCCAGGGGAUGACUUGUUCUGCACCUCAUCCCCUCACCUCCGCUUGGCGACAGCUGUGAACUUGCUGGGGAUGUUGGUUAGGGGUGCCCGUGGGGUACCAGCCCCCCUUUCCUCCUGGCAGCUGGGGAGAUGCUGUGGAUUAAGCUUUGUGGGACAGAGGGAGGUGCUGGAGGAGCCCCAGCCCUGUGUCAGGUUCAUCCCCUGCUGCAUCUGUUGGGCACCAAACUCUGUCCAAGCCCACAUGCAAUUCAUACAAGAACAUGUGGACCAUGGUGGCACCUCAGGGGCUUUGCUGCACUGACUGUGGAGACACUGGGAUGGUGACACCUUUGAGCCUAGGGACAAGAGCCGUGUGAGGAGCGAACUUGGACUGCAGAGGCUGUGGCAGAGUCUGUGCAGAGGAAGAGAUGUGGCUGAGCUGCAGAUGCUGCUCUCUGGAGAUGCCAGCGCCUGCCCAGCUUCUGUACACAGCCCUGAAGUGGCAUCCCACAGGGUCAUGGACUGUUAUCCCUGUCUCCCUGCCCUUGGUGUGGACACAGCUUGCUCAGGAGAAGAGACCAGCCCCACACCCAGCCCUGGCCUAAGCAGUGAGGGGACAUCCCACGGCACCAGGGUGGUUUCCUGCACCUGAAGAGGAAGGCUCCCCCCUAUCUCCCUCUUCUCCAUCUCUGCAUCCUUGUCAGUGACCCAGAUCAGCCCCAUCACCACAUCCCAAGAGCAGCAGGGUAAGGGAGCAACAGGGUAAGGCCUCCAGGACCUGCUCCUGGCCCAUCUCCAGGGUUCAGUGUUAGAGGCACCUGUGUCCAUGUGGAUUCGAACGGCUUCUCCUUACAGCCUUUGGAAAGAAGCCCUGGCUCACAGCAUUACCUGUCUGCUCAGUGGCCUCCUCACAGCUCCAAGCUCAGGGCACUGGCAGCAUCGUAGGGACCUUGGCCAGCAGCAGAAACACCCUCAUUUCAUGCUCUUACCUCCAUGGAUGAUGAUUCUGUAGCACAACCCAGGAUUGCCACACUCACAUGUAGAGGUAACACCAUGAUGGUGUUACUGCCUGGUUCCAGCUUGCUGCCUGUCCUGCCUUGCCUGGGUUUUCCAGGGCCUGAGCUACACCCCGGCAUCUCACACUGAGCUCUCAGGACUUUGUAGUGUCCCAGGGCAGGGCUGUGGUGAGGGAGAUGAUGCUUUCAACACCCCCAGCCCUGAGCAGCUGCUGAGGGCUGCAGUCAGGCAGGAAAUGGAGAGUCUCUUACCUGGAGGCCAAAUCCAGACCUUGCUUAGCUCAGCAGGGACUAAAGUUUACAAUCUGUGCCACGGAGUGACAGAAGCCCCAGCUGAAAGGCAGCUCAGCCCUCUCCCAGAAGUCCAUGGCAGAAAAGGCAAAAACUCCUACAAUCUUCUCUCCUGGUUGGGAUGGCCAGAGAUGGAGACCCUGUGCCAGGAUUUCAGCCUGAGCUGUCCAUGGCCACCGGCUCGAGAUGAACCCUUGCUGCCUGCCCGUCCUUUUGGGCCCAUCACCAGCGUAAUGCAGCCCUCUCAGGCUUCCAAACUCCAUCCCUGCCCUGCACACUGCAGGCUGUGAGACCCCUGCCUGUGCCCACCACCUGUGCCAGGGGGCAGAGCCACCUCUGCCUUGGGCUGCUCAGGAAAGGCCUCGAGCUCAGCCCUGCUUCUGCUUCAUUUCUGCCCUCUUGCUGCUUAUUUCACCCAGGCUGUGACCUUUAGGGUGGCUUUGAGGGCCUGGGAAAGGGUUGCAGGUAACAAACUGAAGGGGCUCAAGAAGAAAUGUGGGCUGCUAAAUGUUCUUCUUUAACAUGCAAAACACACUUCAACAUAUAGUUACAGGAGCAAGGCUGGCUCUGGUACUGCUGUGAUGACCAAACCAUCCCUGCUCUUGAUUCCAAGGUGAAUGCUGAACCGUUUUCUCCCCUGGAAGCCACGAUCACACACUUGUGUCUUUGCCACAGCAGGGCUAGGUGCUUGGGAGUGACGUUUGAGCCCAGUGCUGCGAGCCUCUCUCCUGGUUUUGUGCUCAUUUCCACUGUGUGCAGUCUCUAGAAGCUCCCUGUUGUGUCAGCUCGCUGGAGGGAGUGCUGUGCUUACUGUCUGGGCAGCAUCCCAGCGUCCACGCCUGGCUCUGGAGCCCCUCGUGCUGCUCUGGCAGGAACCUCGUGCUUCCCGGCGCUGGAUCACCCGUGGCAAUCGCUGCCUUAAAUCAGGCACAGCACACGGUUUUGCUGCUGCUUCCCUUCGAGGUGCUACAACCCCCCCAGCGUCUGACCUGACAGAGACGUGUGCCAGUGUAUGUGCCAACCGUUUCUCCGCUGUAUCCAUGCUCUGUCCCAGCCUGCCCUCCUCCUCGAUGCCAGUGAAUAGCAAUACCCACAGGUCACCAGCGAUGCUGCAGUCCACGGUGCUCCUGUGACCCUGCACGGCCGGGUGGGACCUGGCUCGGGGUCCCUCAGUGCUGGGUACCCCUUCCCUGCCUUCCCACCAGCUGCCUUUUCCCAGCUGGUCUCUGCAGAAAGGAGCUUUGAGUCCUGUGCUGCCCCUUGGUGCUGAUUAAGCCUGGAGGAGUUUGGGAUCUUGGACUCUCCCUGGGCAACAGGAGUGUGGAAGUAGUUUGGUUGAAUACUGAGCUCCCCAAAUCCAUUUGAACUACAGACCUUUGGUGGGUGGGGAAAAGCAGGUGGCUGUCAAACCUGCUUCCACAGCCCCCAACUUGAAACACCCCCUCCCUCGUCCGCUCUCCAGCAUUGUCUUCCUCUGUCCAAGGUUUCCGUUCUGUUGGAUUCGGUGGUUACGAUGUGCCUUUCCUUCUCAGGACCUGUUACAAACGACCUUUCUGCUCUUGUUUAUGUUUAACAUUUAUCUUGAUCCCUCCUUCUGUCAUACUAUAAAACAUGAACAUAAUGCAUGGAAUACAAUACAAUAAAAUUGUGGCUUAACUGA